AUGGAUCCUUCUCCCUCUCCCAGCAUGGACAAUCCAACUCCCAAUCAUGCCCAAAAACACCCCAGAAAUUUAUUCCUCCGUUUUGGGAAUUUCAAGAUGUACAGCGACGGCAAUUUGGAAUUGGCAGCCCCCACCUCCACCGCCGCCGCUGAUAAAUCUUGUUUGCCGGAGAAAGGACUAGAGUUUGACCUCAUACCAGGGGUUUUGCCUCCAUCAACGGCCAAGAACAACCAACUCUUUCUUGAUCAAGACUCAAGCUUUAUCCCUAAUAAUGGAUUCAGUUCGAUCACAGGCAAUGUGGUCUACACAGGCUUCGACGUUGGAUCAACGAGCAACGUCGAAUCCGGGCCCCAAUUCGACCUAACUUGGCUGCAAGAGCUUCUCAAGAGAGGAGACUAUGUGGAAAUAAACAGCCUUCUCUUGAUCAUGCAGGGCUCCUAUCUCCAACUCAUGACGGACCAAUCCCUCUCCAUCGUCUUCAAAAAGCUCGUUGGCGCGUGUCGUGGCAAUCAGUUGGACUUGAUCGUCGAAGACGUGUUGCUGUCAAGCCAAUCCUUCAUCAAUGCUGCAUUCUGCAAACAAGGAGCAAGUUCGAUUUGCAAGCUCAUCAAAAGGGUGAAGAAUCCAAGCCAUGCCUUAGCCAUAACAAAGAUUUUCUCCACUCAGUUUUGGGCCAUCAUGACUGAUGACACAGCAACAUCAGUGAUGCAGACUUGCUUUGAUUGCUUCCAUCAGCCUAACAAAGUUUUAUAUGAGCAAGCAAUACUCUACUGCCAAGAGCUAGCCAAGGAUAAAGUGGGAUGCAUAUCACUAAACGAGCUAAUCGAAAAAAUCAGUGGGGAGGAGAGGCAAAGGCUUCUCAAAGCCAUAGCAGCUUGCUCGGUUGAGCUCUCGUUCCAUGAGUACGGGAACUAUGUCGUGCAGAGCCUUCUCGCCUUGAAGAAAGAGCCCCAGGUGAGUUCGUCGGUGGUGCUAGGCCUUCGAGGGAGGAUUGUGGAGCUCUCUCAGCAGAGAGGAGGGAGCCAUGUGGUGGAGAAGUGCAUGAUGGCUUCAGAUCUUGGAUUAGUGUAUGUGGUGAAGGAAAUCAUUAUAACACCUCGAGCAUCACUGCAGCUUGCUCAAGAUCUGUAUGGGAACUAUGUCAUUCAAAAGGGUUUAAAGGAGACUAAGGUACGCAGGCUUGAGUGGCUGUGCGAGCUUCUGAUGAAGUCUCUAGAGCCUUACAGAAGAGAGUUGAACCAGACGAAGGGCGGGAAGAUUGUGCUCGGGUUCUUGAAGGAUGAGGGUGCCAUCAAAGGGCCAACAACCACUGCAUACAAGAAAAAUAAUUUGGUUUGGAGAAGGUUGUAG